AGAAAGAGAGAGAGAGAGAGACAAAGACGGCGCGACUCUGGUGUCGCGAUAUUCCGCGAGGGUAGAGGAAAGUUUUGUAAGAGAGGAGACGAGGAGAGAGUCAAGCGGCACGUCGUCGACGCCCCUCCGUUUCGCGUUGACAUUGACCGAUUCGGAGUAAAAGAAAAGAAAAAAAACGCAUCUCGACUCGCGAAGUGACACACGAUCGCGCUCAGAAUGCACCCGUCAUCCGCGACGUCUGUUUAUACGCGCGUCGUCACUCGAUAAGAUUCACGCCCGGGAAGGAUUUUGUUUGUCGCAUCACAGUCCGCCGCGUCUGGACGAACCUCCUCCUCCUCCUCCUCCUCCUCCGUCGUCGUCGUCCCGAACGUGCGUCGAUUCGCAAUCGCACGCCUCCGCGCCGCGGAGUUGGCGUGUUUACUUUCGUGGAUCGUCAUCUGUGCGCCGAAUGUGACACACGUUUUAAAGGACGAAAUCCGUCGCGCGAGAGACGCGAUCGCAUUUAGAGCCGGUUGCGACAAUGUCGUUUUUUAGGUGCGCAACGAUGUGCCAAAUUUAAUUCUCUUUCGGAGAGCGGGAGAGAGAGAGAGAGAGACGGAGAGAAUCUUAUUUUCUCGCGCUCUUGCGAAGAACCUCCUCCUCGAGUUAUGACACAGAUAAAGCACACGGCCUCGCAAACGAGAGCAAGAAACAGCUAACUGGAGUUUAAUUAGCGCGUGCACGUCGAUGUGACUGGCUAUCUUUGUAAUCUUUUGGGCUUUGUGUGUUUACGCGCGGGGAGAUAUCUUCGCGAGAUUUUUUUCUCUCCGCUUUACGAAGAGUUGUGUGGAUCUUGUGUUUUGUGCGAGAAAAAAAAACGCGCGGUAAGAAUUUGUGUACACAAACGACAUUUGCAAAAUCUAUUGUUGUCUGUGUAAAACUCGCGCUAUUAAUACGAGCCUGUGUAUGUGUGUGUGUGUGUGUGUAUGUGUAUGUGUGUUUCGCAUUGAUACCGCAUGCUGGAUAUUGCCCGCGGACUGUCACUUCGGAUUCGCGUGACAAGGUCCGCGUCGCGCUCUUUCUCUCUCUCUCUCUCUCUCUCUCUCUCUCUGUCGCGCGACAAGGAAACGAAGUUCAGGUUCGAUGUGAACUCGCUGAAACGAAAUAAUAAAUGACAACCAAUUUUAAAGAGAAGUUAUGGCAAGCUUGAUGGUGAACACUUCCAGUAAAAACAGCUCACGCAGUGGUUCUCCUAGUAGAGCAACGUCAACGUCUCAACUUCAUCAGCAACAGACAACGGCAAGCGUGGAUCAUACUCCAAGACUGCGUAAUGUUUCAAUUUCUCAAGCCGGCGAGGGUAGCACAGGCAGUGGAAGUAGUGGUGGUGGCGGCGGUGGUGGCGGUGGCGGAAGCAGUCUCAACAUGAAGGGAAGCGGUAGACAAAGAUCGCCCGGCAAUUUAAUGCGCAUGGGAGAUGCCAUGGAUGAACCAAGUAAUACUUCAAACACUGCCGAGCCAGAUGAGUUUGUGCCAAAUAUUCAUCCACCGACUGAUGAUGAAGGAGAACAAUACACAACUCAAUCGUUCGUCUACACGACUCAAUCGUUCCUAUCAAAUGGUUCUUCUGAAUUGAUAAGCGACGAUGUUGACUCCAGCGCGACACGAGUUCGUCAAGCUAUCGAACACAUUCAAAGUAAAAUCGCAAAGACGAAAGAACAAAUAAGAAUAGAACAAACUACUCGCGAUGAAAACGUCAAUGAAUAUUUAAAACUGGCCGCUAACGCGGACAAGCAACAGUUAACUAGGAUUAAAACGGUGUUCGAGAAAAAGAAUCAAAAAUCAGCGCACAGUAUUUCACAGCUACAAAAGAAGUUAGAUAGCUAUACGAAAAAAUUAAAAAAUUACGAGAUGAACGGCGCGCCGACGAGUCACAGACAACCGAGAGAGAUGUUGAGAGAUAUGGGACAAGGACUCAAAAAUGUGGGGGGAAACAUCAGGGAUGGAAUCACUGGUUUUUCAGGAACUGUAAUGUCUAAACCGAGGGAAUUUGCUCAUCUUAUCAAAAACAAAUUUGGAAGUGCUGAUAAUAUAAAUACACUGUCACAUGGCUCGACUUUUUAUGUAAACGAUACAACGCAUGCAGGUAAUGGUGAUAACGCUAGCGUUGAAGACGCUGAUAAAACUCAUCACGGAUCGGCUACACUCCCAGGCGGAUGCAGCCUAGGAUCUACCCAGAGCGCGGCGGCUAUGAAGUUCCCGUCUGAAGAGGGCUCGGAAUGUUCUAGCGUGACCAGCGAAAGCGGCCCUGGUAGUCGGGGACAGCCACACGCGUGUCACAGUAAUAACGCAGUCAUGAGUCUAAAAUCGAUUUUCGCAGAACUGCAGGAACACCGAGAAAACCUCGACCGAAUGAGAGAGAAGUUAGAUAGCGUAAAGACGUUACAGCAGGAAGUGACAUAUCUUUCCCACUCACUCCAAGAAGAACGCUUCAGAUGCGAACGUUUAGAAGAACAGAUCAAUGACUUAACAGAAUUGCAUCAAAACGAAGUAGAAAAUUUGAAGCAAACUAUUACGGAUAUGGAGGAAAAAGUUCAAUAUCAAAGCGAGGAUAGACUACGUGAUAUACACGAGAUGUUAGAGAGUUGUCAGACCAAGAUAUGCAAAAUGGAACAUCAGCAACAACAACAUCAACAAUACGUGACGUUAGAGGGUCUCGACAACAGCAAUGCGAGAGCAUUGGCAGUAAAAUUGAUAAAUGUACUAUUAACAGUAUUGCAAGUUAUUUUGCUCCUUGUUGCGACAGGUGCUGGUAUUAUGAUGCCUUUUCUCAGAACUAGCUGUACUAAGCCUCAUUGUUUCAUGUGCAGGGUGCGUAUAUUAACAACAACGUUUGUUGUAUUGGGUAUAGUAUUUGUGCUGAAACAAUGGCCUGAGGUGCACGAUGUCGGUAGCCACCUCAUGCGCCAUCUCAAACAGACUCUCGCCAUGAAGUAGCACUGGUGGAAUACUUAAAUUUAAUUUUGUUCUCAAAACCCUGUGAUGAAGUUGGGCUGCAUUAAAAAUUGAUUAAAACUGCACCUGUUUGGUCAGUGUUGUAGCAUUGGAGCAAUAAUAAUAGUAUGUAUAUGUGUAAAUAACUUUAUUUGUAUCUUUGGGUUGUUUAAAUUUAUUAUUAUUAUUAUU